AUGUUAUGGCUAAAAAUCUCUUCUUUAUAGGCACAUGAACUAACUUUAAAGCUUCCUUAGAAUAUGGGUCUUUGACAUUGGAUGAAAUUCAAGCAACAUCUCUCUCUUUCUUUCUCUCUCUCACAUAGUGAAUGAGUGAUGCUGCCUAGGGAAGAGCGAGAGUAAGAAAUAAUGGGCCCCCAUUAUUUAUUUUCAUUGUAAUGUUCAUUCAUACAUACAUACACAUACACGAGAUCCGAUCUUCAAAACCAGCUGGAGAGCUCCUCGUUAGCUGAUCCAGAUCUUCAAUCUUCAUCAUAUACCAUAACAAAAAAAGAAAAAAAAAACUAUACACAUGUCUUCUUCCUCAUCAACCAGCUCCCCCUGCGCCGCAUGCAAAUUCCUCCGCCGAAAAUGCCAGCCAGAGUGCGUUUUCGCGCCCUAUUUCCCUCCCGACCAGCCACAAAAAUUUGCAAACGUUCACAAAGUGUUCGGAGCUAGCAACGUUACAAAGCUUCUCAACGAACUUCAUCCCCACCAACGGGAAGACGCCGUGAACUCGCUAGCAUACGAAGCCGACAUGCGUCUCCGCGACCCAGUCUACGGUUGUGUCGGAGUAAUCUCUCUCCUCCAACACCAGCUCCGACAGCUCCAGAUCGAUCUAUCAUGUGCCAAAUCGGAACUAUCCAAGUAUCAAUCACUCAGUAAUUACGGGAUCAACCCUUUCAACAGCGGCGGUGCCAAUAGUAAUAAUAAUAAUAAUAAUUAUCAUCAUCAUCAGUUCUUUCCAAGUAAUAACAUCAGCAGCCAGUAUCAACAACAGCCACAACAACAACAACAAGUGGUUGAUUACUUAAGAACACCGACCGCAAACAACAACAAUAGUAAUAAUAAUAAUAACUACGACCAAAUCAUCGGUUUACAUGGGCAUCAUCAGUUUCAACAAUCUUUACCUAGAGGAUUGACCGGUGAUGACAGGAGGACAACCGUUGAUCCUUAGCUAGAGAGUUUUAGAUUCAUGAGGUUGAACUUUACAAAACCCUAAGGUACUAAAUUAUUAAUUAAUUGAUAUAGGGUAUCCUAUACUUUUCAUAAUCAUGCUAUAUUUAUUUUUGUUAGUUUGGGAUUUAAAUCUUGGUUAUCAUUACUAAUAAUUGCACGGGUUAUUGAAUUUCA